AUGGAGAAGAGAAAACAUGCAUAUGCCCAGUUUUUUGGAGACUAUUGCAGAAUAAACAACCAAAGAGUACUUAACUUAUGGGAACUUUCAAAUCAAAGUACCACAGCUUUUAUAUUCACCAUAUCGAUUUAUGAAUAUUCUGAAUUGUAUUUAAAUGUGAAGCCAAGCUCCUGGGGUAAAAUUGAUUCCAGAAUCCAGUGGGAGCUAAUAGUAAUGGCCAUACUUCUCCCCCAUUCCCUGCUUUUGUCAGUGACACAACAAAGAGAUAAGGAAAGUGGGUACUUGUUUAUAUUAUUAUAUUGUACUUGA